AUGGAUGAUUUCAUAAGGGUUAAAAAUGCGAGAGAGCAUAAUCUGCAAGGUGUAGAUGUUAAUAUACCAAAAAAUAAGUUAGUCGUUAUUACUGGGCUCAGUGGUUCUGGUAAAUCGAGUUUAGCAUUUGAUACGAUCUAUGCAGAAGGACAACGAAGGUAUGUAGAAAGUUUGUCAGCUUAUGCACGCCAAUUCCUUAAUAUUCAAGAUAAACCAGAUGUUGAGUCAAUAACUGGCCUUUCACCCGCCAUAUCUAUUAACCAGAAAUCAAUUUCAAAAAAUCCGAGAUCAACGGUUGGUACUGUCACUGAAAUUUAUGACUACUUACGCUUAAUAUAUGCACGAAUAGGUAUUCCUUACUCACCUGCAACUGGACUGCCAAUAUCUAAGCAGACCAUAUCUCAGAUUGUAGAUGCUAUAGUUGCAUUGCCUGUUGAAACUAAAAUAUACAUACUUGCACCAAUUGUGCGUGGUAGAAAAGGUGAGCACCUUAAAGAGAUAUCGGAAAUCAAAAAACAAGGUUACGUUAGAUUAAAAGUAAACGGUGAAGUAUAUGGCAUAGAAGAUCUGCCUAAAUUGGAUAAAAAUAAGAAGCACAACAUAUCAGUUGUUGUGGAUAGAGUGUCAAUAUCAGAGGAUGUAGGUAAUCGCUUGCCGAGUAGUGUAGAAUCGGNCAGUGGUUUGAUAUAUGUAGAGAUUGUCAGCUUACCCGAAGAUCAUAAUUCAGAAUACAAAAACGGUCAAAUAUUUACCUUUUCAGAAAAUUUUGCUUGCCCGGAGUCUGGAUUUACUCUUGAAGAAGUGGAGCCAAGGUUAUUCUCCUUUAAUAGCCCAUAUGGUGCGUGUAGUGAAUGUAACGGCCUUGGUAGAAGGCUAAGUGUUGACACAAAACUGAUUGUACCUGAUGAAACCCUUUCAAUAUCUGAAGGUGCUUUGAAACCCAUAGGACCGAUAUUCAAUAAUGCGCAGGCGAAGCAGAGGUUUUUGCAAGAUGCCGUUUUAUCAUUAGCUAAAAUAUACAAAUUUAGUCUUGAUGUUCCAUGGAAAGGCAUCAGUCAAGAAGCAAAGGAUGCAAUACUUUUUGGCUCUAGAGAGCCAAGGUUUGAAGGCUUAGUUCGUAUAUUAGAAGGCCAGAUGGAUUACAAUGAAGAGCUUAUAGAUCAUUAUUGCUCUAUGGUGGAUUGUAAGGAAU